GGCCGACGGUACGGUUCAGCCCGCGACCACGGGGCACGGUUCGUGCCCAUAUAGAAGUGCGUCGCGACGCGGCCGCCAGUUUCGUCUCGUUGCCCUUCCGAUAUUGUUGUUCAGCAAUCAUGAGAUUCCUUUUCUUGAUCCUCGUCGUGGCGCCCGUGCUGGGAACGGAAUUCCCCAGCCCCAUUCGGGAACGCAGGCAAGCACAGCAAGCUAAUUAUCGAGCUUACAAUCAAGCACCGGCAGCGAUUAAGCAGAUCUUGGCUGCUCAACAGUAUCGCGAUCCGAUCGUCCAUCUUCCGCCGCAACCGGUACCAAAUUUAGCGCCUUCGACACCGAUCGAGCCUCAAUACGUGCAACAAAACCAGCUGACUCAAUAUCGACCGAAAGUACAGAUAGGACAGGCACCACCGCAGCCUACCUAUAAGCAGAUCCCCGUACGUCCGGCUCAAUAUAAUCCACCACCAUCCGCUCAGCAACAACAGUAUAAUCCACAAUACCGCACUAAUUAUGCGCCGGCGCCGCAACCACGACCACAACCGCAACCUCAACAACAAAUUGCCCAGCCUAAUUAUCAAUACUCCAAAAAUCUGCCACCGCAGCUUCAACAGCUCGUGCAGAUACAACAAAACCUGCCUAAUGCGAUCCCGCAAGGACAACACCGGGGAUAAUCUGCCUAAAUUGGGCAUUGAGACGAAUUUAUUCAUGAAAUAAUAACAUCGGUCGUUAUUCCGUUCCUUUUUCUUAAAUCAUUCCUCAUUCAUUUCAGUCAUCACAUUCGCCAAAUUUUACAAUUGAUGGCUCUAUAAUCGUAUUUGUAAUCCUUACCGAUAGCGAAAUAUGAAGAAACUAAUUAUUUAUUUUUUUAUAAACAUUUUUGUGAAUUGAUUCGUUGAGAUUAAAUGAUAAAAAAAGGAUUUGAGAGUUCUAUUUUUAUUCUAAUAAUUACAAAAGAAGAGAAAUUAAUUUUUGCUAAAACAUUACUUCUUUAUAACAAUCCGUAUUACUAACUUUUUAAUUUUUUUGUGUUAUUAUUUGUACAUUUAUUUCAUUCCAUUCUCAUUUUACACAUUUCGUUCAUUUUAUAAUUAUAUUCAUAACAAUUUAUAAAUGGUGGGAAUAUGUAUCGUAUAUGAAAACUGUAGAAAAGAGAGAAUCUAUACAAAUAAAUUUCAUUUAAGUUUCUCGGUGAAAGAAACAAAUCAUUUUGUAAUUUUAAAUCGUCGCUUUGAGAUCUAAGAUUACAUUGUCAUCGUUUAUGUCAACUUUGAGAC